GAGGGGGACGGUCCGGCGGAAGCGGAGCCGGAAGGAGCGGGCCAAACUGAGGAGAGAUACUUGGGACCUCGCGUGGAGUCGAGUGUUCUUAAUCUGCUGCUUUAGUAGUCUUUCGCUCCUCCGACCCCCAGGUAAAGUUUGCUUCCCGUGGUAUUAGAUGUUGUACCAUGGGACUCACCAAGCAGUACCUACGUUAUGUUGCCAGUGCUGUUUUUGGCUUGAUUGGCAGCCAGAAGGGCAACAUUGUCUUUGUAACUCUGCGUGGUGAGAAGGGGCGAUAUGUAGCUGUGCCAGCCUGUGAGCAUGUCUUCAUCUGGGAUAUACGUAAAGGAGAGAAGAUUCUUAUUCUUCAAGGACUUAAACAUGAAGUUACUUGUUUAUGUCCCUCACCGGAUGGAUUGCACUUAUCUGUUGGCUAUGAGGAUGGGUCUAUCCGCAUCUUUAGUCUUCUAAGUGGUGAAGGGAAUGUGACCUUCAAUGGACACAAGGCAGCUGUCACUGCCCUGAGUUAUGAUCAGCUUGGGGGCAGGCUAGUGUCUGGCUCAAAGGACACUGAUGUUAUUGUGUGGGAUGUGAUCAAUGAGAGUGGUCUUUACCGUCUGAAGGGACAUAAGGAUGCCAUCACACAGGUGCUGUUUCUAAGAGAAAAAAACCUACUGAUUACCAGUGGCAAAGACACUGUGGUGAAAUGGUGGGACCUUGAUACACAGCAUUGCUUCAAAACAAUGGUUGGCCACCGAACUGAGGUUUGGGGAAUGGUUCUGGUGUCUGAAGAAAAACGUCUCAUCACAGGUUCUGCAGAUAGUGAGCUGAGGGCUUGGGACAUCACCUAUAUAGAGGAGCUGAAAGACCUUGGAGAACCGAACUCCAAGAAGAGCAGAGGAUCUUCUCUUGGGACCCAGGAGAAUCAUGAAACAGAGACAGGGGACCCUGGCGUAGAUGAAGAUCCCGAAGAUCGUAUUCUUUCAUGUAACAAAGCUGGUUCCAUAAUGCGGGAAGGAAGAGACCGAGUUGUAAAUCUUGCCAUAGACCGCACAGGCAGGAUUCUUGCUUGUCAUGGAACGGAUUCUAUUUUGGAAGUGUUUUGUAUUCUUUCCAAAGAGGAAAUUCAGAAGAAAAUGGAUAAGAAAAUUAAGAAAGCCAGAAAGAAAGCUAAGUUAAGUUCUGGUGAAGGGGAGCAAGAGGAUUCUGGGGUCAGUGUUGUAAUGUCUCUGCAAGAUGAGAUCCAACGAGUAGCCAACAUCAAAGCCUCAGCCAAGAUUAAGUCCUUUGACUUGAUUCAUUCUCCCCACGGAGGAUUGAAAGCUGUCUUCUUGCUGCAAAACAAUCUAGUGGAAGUAUAUACACUGAACCCAUCUACUCCUGCCCCACAGCCCAUCAGGACAGCCAGGAUCACCAUUGGAGGUCACCGCAGUGAUGUCCGGACCCUGUCAUUUAGUUCUGACAAUAUUGCUAUUCUUUCAGCAGCUGCUGAUUCUGUCAAGAUAUGGAACAGAUCUACAUUGCAGUGUAUUCGGACAAUGGCUUGUGAAUAUGCUCUCUGUUCGUUAUUUGUGCCUGGAGAUAGGCAGGUGAUCAUAGGAACAAAGACAGGGAAGCUACAGCUUUAUGACUUGGCCUCAGGAAAUUUGCUGGAGACAGUUGAAGCACAUGAUGGAGCUUUAUGGUCAAUUUCUCUCUCUCCAGAUCAGCAUGGCUUUGUAACUGGUGGUGCUGACCAAUCUGUCAAGUUCUGGGAUUUUGAAUUAGUGAAAGAUGAAAACUGUGCCCAGAAAAGGCUUUCUGUGAAGCAGACCCGUAUCUUACAGCUUGAUGAAGAAGUUCUCUCUGUGCGUUAUUCCCCCAAUCAACAGCUACUGGCUGUUUCUUUAUUGGACUGUACAGUGAAAAUCUUCUAUGUUGACACUUUGAAGUUUUUCCUCUCUUUAUAUGGACACAAACUACCUGUUCUUUGCAUGGACAUUUCUUCUGAUGGGGCACUAAUAGCAACUGGUUCUGCAGAUAGGAAUGUGAAAAUCUGGGGCUUAGACUUUGGGGACUGCCAUAGAUCUCUCUUUGCCCAUGAAGACAGUGUCAUGUAUCUACAGUUUGUACCCAAAUCUCAUCUCUUCUUCACUGCUGGGAAAGACCACAAGAUAAAACAAUGGGAUGCAGAUAGGUUUGAACACAUCCAGACUUUGGAGGGACACCACCAAGAGGUAUGGUGCUUGGCUGUUAGUCCUAAUGGUGAUUACAUUGUAUCUUCAUCCCAUGACAAAUCCUUAAGACUGUGGGAGAGAACAAAGGAACCCCUCAUUCUAGAGGAAGAACAAGAGAUGCAAAGAGAAGCAGAAUAUGAGGACAGUGUGGCCAAAGAAGAUCAGCCUGUAGUUCCUGGAGAGGCCCAAGGUGAUUCUUACUUUCCUGGGAAGAAAACUGUCGAAACUGUCAAAGCGGCUGAGAGAAUCAUGGAGGCCAUCGAGCUAUACCGAGAAGAGACCGCAAAGAUGAAAGAACAUGAAGCCAUUUGUAAAGCCGCAGGGAAAGAGGUUCCUCUUCCGGUUAACCCUAUCUUAAUGGCUUAUGGAAACAUCUUACCUUCUGCAUAUGUACUGGAAGUCUUUAAAGGUAUCAAAUCAAGUGAGUUGGAGGAGGCCCUCCUGGUGCUGCCUUUCUCAUAUGUGCCAGACAUUCUGAAGCUUUUUGAUGAAUUUUUCCAGCUGGGUUCUAAUAUUGAACUCCUCUGCCGGUGCCUCUUCUUCCUCCUCAGGAUUCACUUUGGGCAAAUCAGUAGUAACCAAAUGCUUGUACCAGUGAUAGAGAAAUUGAAGAAAACAACCAUUUCAAAAGUCAGUGAAGUUCGGGAUAUUAUCGGAUUUAAUAUGGCAGGGCUCGAGUUUCUAAAGAGGGAAUGUGAGGCAAAGAGCGAAGUUGAAUUCUUCUCCGAUGCCACAAACAGUUUUGAAGAGAAGAAACGGAAAAGAAAAAAGAGGGAGAAGCUCAUUAUGACAUUGGCUUAGAGCUGAAACACUUGGCCUAUUUUCAUGGUCCCAUUACCUGUGCCUCUCAAAAUAGAAGGAACAGCUUCUGGACUUGAAUAUGGAUACCAUCAUCAUGGGAAAAACAUGGGACUAAGAUCUCUAUCACUAUGCUACUGACUAGCUAUGUGACUUUGGGGCACUGUUUCUAUUUUUUCAUCUGUAAAAUGAGGAGGGUUGGACUAGAUGACCCUAAAUGGUCCUUUCCAGCUUUAAAACAGAGAGUCAUGAACUUUAUAAAGUACCAGAGGACAAGGGAAACAUUAAACUACUACUAAAGUACAUUAGAGGAUCACAAGAGGGAAGUUAACUAAGGAACCUUUUGGUAAAUUCUAUAUUUAGGAAUAUUCUUGAACCCUUAAAGGCAAGAGUUGGACUUACCUACUCAGGAGUUUUAUUCAUUUCUUCUAUUGUUGACACGUGCAAAUAUCAAGUUGCUAUUUAUUUGUUUUGUCUUUUUCCCACUGGGAUGUUUUGUCUUUUUCCCACUGGGAAUAAUUAGGUGUAUAAUCUCUUUUUCCUAAUGCAUUUCUAAAAAGCCUAUGUAAAGAGAAUUCCUGGUGCCUUUUUUACCUUAUAGACAUUUAUUUUGUUGUUGUUGUUGUACUUGUAUGUAAAAAGAGUUAUGCUUGUAUUUUUUUCAAAAAAGAAUAUUUUUAAGUAAAGUGGUAAAAUGACUUCUGGACUUCUGGAUUUACAGUAUAGAUAUUUAGGAAUACGUUGUUUCUGGAGAACAAGUAAUUCACUUUUAUUCACUGAAAAUGCUCUCACUCCCUAAGCUUUAAGUCUAACAGUCAUUCAAAUCCCUGACAAUGAAUCUGUCAAUAGAUCUUGAAAAAAGGAGAAAGUAACAAGUGAGACAACGCGUACAUGCAAUAAUGCAAAGAAAAGGGUUUUGGCCAUACUUAAUGAAUUACAAACAGGUAGAAAUUAUCCAACAGCACUGGAACUUUUCCUUGGUUUUACUUUGUGAAACCCAGAGGAUGUUUUUCAUCUGAGGGGCCAGCGGUAUGAUAGGUUAAAAAAUCCUGUUCUUAAUACAAUUAGGGAAGAUACUCUGGCACAUGAAUUAGAUGUUCAAAAUGUCAAAACCUUUGGUUCUUUAAAAAUACUUCAGCCUUCAUAAGGCUACCAGAUCCUCUCAUCCCUAAAAUCUGGUCCUACUUCAGUGUCUUGAAGACAUUUAUGGAAUGCAAUGUUCCCUGAAUGUUUCUAGGAUACCAAGAAAAACUCCAGAAACAAAUUCCCCUGACCUGUGAGACAACUUUACUUCUUGCUACUUUGGUUUGCCCUUUGAGGCACUUUAUUUCUAGUUGGCUAACCACCAGGAAAUUCAUAGAAUAAGACAAUGUUAAAUGUGUGGAUAGCAUUUGACAGCAGUGGCUUGACAACAAAACAAGAUGUGUGGGGACUUUUAAGUCAAAAUACUUGGAUAUCUUAAACUUGAUACCUUCCAUUAAACUAGAAGAAAUAAACAAUGCUUAGUACAAA